GGGAGACCAAUCAAUAGGAGGGUGGGCCUUUGCCAUGGUAUUAUUGAGAGAAAUGCCAAAAAGGCAUUCUCCAUCACCCCUAAACUCAUAGGCUCGACCAAGACACUCAAAGAGGAGAGAUAAGGUCUGGAGAAACUCCAUUUUCAUCCACCAUACUCGAACCAAAGCUUAAGGAGAAGAAGGAGGGGAAAGAGAAGAGAAAGAAGGAGGAAAACUUGAGGAUUUACAAGGUACUUCAAGAACUUUCACGGGGUUGAAAGGGUUGCCGGAGUUGUCGCCGGAGUUAGUUGAAGUUCACCGGAGUUUCACCGGGGCCAAAUCGGGGAGGCUAGAACUUCAUAAGCUUCAUUAAGGUUGAGGCUAGAGUCCUGCUACCUGCACCUUUGCCCAGGGUGAACUCAAAUAAGGAAGACGUGGUUCGUGCUUCCAUUCUUAUUUGAAAUUGUGAAAUUGCUCAUGGAUAUUUGAACGAUGUUUUCUAUUAAACUAUUGAAGGGCCUGUGUGCCUGUGUUUGCCACAUGUGGCUGAAUGUCAAACUUAUUUUAUUUCCGCAUGCAUUUGACUAAUAUAUUGAUGUUGAUCGUAUGGGUUUACUAAUCGGUUUGGCAAUAGAAAUCUUUCAGACGCCUUGUGCGAUUUGAUAAGAAUGAACUACGUUGUUCUUAUUGGGUUGUACGGCGGUUGUCUACGUGGCACGGACGCGGUCCGGGGCGUGACAGCCUAACCAUUUGGCGACUUAUAAGUCGCCAUCCGGUUGGGCGACUUAUAAGUCGCCAAAUGGUUUGGCGACUUACCCUUUAAAAACCAGACGGGCAUCACCACAGACAGACAGAUUGAGCGACGCAUACCCCCAAAGAACCUCCGGCGAAACGAGCUUCCCCUUCCCGAUUCCGGCGACUGCAGCGUGUAGGAGGCCACUCCACCUACCAAGUAUACUCCCCAACCAUCUUCUUCAACCUCUAGAAUAUGGAUUUCUCCAACUUCCCAAUCGUGUGUCAUUGGGGAGGGAACGUAUUUGUGGAAGGUGGCCAAAUACGCCAUGAAGGUAGUAGAAGCAACUUUGUCAUUCUUUCUCGUGGCGCAUGUUUGCUCGAGAUGCUGCAAAAAAUCCAUGUAGCCGUUCUUUGUGCUUGAAAAUGAAAUUUCCCCUUAACGGGGGAAAUUACAUGCAUAUGUCACUUGUUGAUGAGCUAGCUGUCACAAAUAUGGGGUUGAUAAUUCAGAUGGAGAGUAUGUCCUCGCUGGAGAUAUACAUUGAGGACACCCACUGCCUGAUGAGCCUCCACGUCUGCUGGGACCACAUCAUAUACGGGGCGAGGACCCUCUGGGCCGUCGAUGGUUGUUUGCUGGUCUAUGUCGCACAUCAUCGGCUUCUGGGCUCGGUGUCUAUAGGGAUGCAUUUGAUCAGAUGUUUGAGGAUCAGAGUUGCCCCCCGCUGGACGAGAGCAUUCUCACAUAUGGCGAGCACGUGUGCCGUUGAUAUGUUUUGACAUUGUUGAGCUUCAUUUGCCUGAUCCUGUACUGCGACAGUUUGGCUAUGAGCAGGGCAUCCCAGCACCUAUCGACACAUAUGUAGAUCUUCAUAAGCUGGAUAGGCGUGGGAAGCAUACGGAGGAUUGGGUACUCAGACAUGUCCGAUACAUGAGUAUAUGGGAGAGGCGAGCUGAGCUUGUAGUGACUGGGACACCGACAUUAGUCCUAUCUGUUUCGGGAGACUACAUGGGAUGGUAUUACAGCAUCACGCGGUUGUUUGUGUCUCCUUCUUUCAGACUCCCUACUCACCAUUAUCAACCUAGCUCCUUGGCUUUGCACUUGACGACACGAGCUUUGCAGUGUAUACAUCAGCGGGCGACUGCCACAGUGAGUGAUACGCAUGACAUGGACAUGUACGGUCAGGCUCUGACGGGCAUUGCUUCCUUGUGUUCAGAUGUGUUGGGGCGGGUUGACAACGGCCAUCUUAUACAUAUGCCCCCAUCUCAGGCUUCUAUGCCAUCGACAUCUAGUGCAGCGGCGGUUUCAUCAUCCCAGACUCAGCAUGACAGAGUUGUUCUUCAACCACGACAGCGGCGUAGGCGUAGGCAGCAACACCAAGAUCUCCAUGACCAAUACGAUCAAGAAGACCAUUAGAACUUGUGGUUUGUUUUUUGUAUUGGAGUUUUUCUUGUACACUAGAUGUUAUAGGAACAAUUGACUUUAUUUUACGUAUUUCCACCUGCAAACUCUUUUAUGAUGUGCUGAUGUGUUUGGGUAUGAAUAUUGGAUGACUGUACUGUGUUAUGAAUAUUGGAUGAUUGUGCUGUGUUUUACUGGUUAUGAAUCUUCUG